CCAUGCCAUAUAAAUACAUGCAUGAUGUGAUGAUAAGAUCAGAUAGUAAAUUAAACUCAGAGGAGAAGGCAACAAAAUAUGGCAAAAAUGUCUUUGACCAGUAAAUUGUUCUCCUAUCUUGGAAAACCUCUUCUUCCUUCUCCAAGUUCUUCCUUUUCCAUUCGCCGCCAAGUAUGGAAGGGAGGAGACAUAAUGACGGAGGACAAAUGCAUCAAAGGAAGGGGCGAGGAACCGUCGUCUAAAAUGGCAGCUGAAGAAAUACGGAUGGCGGAGCAGGAAGCGAAAGAUAGAGCGACGGAGACGGCUCAAGAGGCGUGGCAGGCCAUAGAGGAGGUUGCGGCGGAGAUGAAGCAGAGAGUGGUAGCUAAUAUGGACGCCAAUAAGGAGACUGAUAUUCGAGACGAAAUGCUAAUUAUCUCAGAUGAAGAAGAUGAGGAUACAAAGACUGCUAAACCGGAAUCUGGUGUCGAUCAUCCAUGAACUAAAAUAAAAAAUGGUCGGUCACUAUUGGAUGAUUUGGAGGGGCAGAGCCAGGAUUGGAAAGAGAGGAGGGCCGAGAUAAUAAGUACUCCGUAUAAUAUUAAGAUUAAAUCCGUAUAAUAUUAAGAUUAAAUGGUGUAUUAAUAUUUUUUAGGAAAUAUUUAAGCUUAAUUGACUUGGUUGGAAAUAAAAAACAUGACAGUCUUAUUUU